UUCCUCUCUCCUCUCAGUCUGACUCUGCCUUCCAGCGUUAUUGGCAGCUGAUUCAGUCUGUUUGGCUGAGUUAGUGAUUUGCUGUCUCUACUUCUCUCUCUCUCUCUCUGUAUAUCUCUGAGUAUCCGGCUAUGUUCAGUCCCAAAUCCACCUCCAUCUCCCCAUCGCUGUCCAUGGAGCAGACUGACACAGAUGCGCUGGACAUCAGCACCAAGGUGCAGCUCUAUGGGGUGCUGUGGAAGAAGCCCUUCGGACGCCCGUCGACCAAGUGGUCAAAGAGGUUUUUCAUCAUCAAAGACAGCUUCCUCCUCUACUAUGCAGAGAACGAGAAGAAGAACUUUGAGACAAACAAAUAUUUCAACAUUCACCCCAAGGGUGUGAUUCCCCUGGGAGGGUGUCUUGUGGAGCCCAAAGAGCAGGCCAGCAUGCCCUUUGCCAUGACCAUCUCCCAUGAAGACUUCCAUGGUAACAUCGUCCUGGCUGCUGAGUCCGAGCCUGAGCAGGCACAGUGGCUGGAACUACUGCGUGAGUCGGGCAAAGUGACCUGGAAUAAUGCCCAGCUGGGGGAGGCCAUGAUUGAGAGUCUGGAGGCCCAGGGGCUGCAGCUCACUAAAGAGAAGCAAGAGUAUCUGGAUAAAUUGAUGGAGGAGACUGAGGAGCUGUGUUUACAGAGGGAACAGAAGGAGGAGCUGGAGCGGCUGAACCAGGUGCUGGGGAAGGAGAAGCAGCGUUUUGAGGAGGUGGUGCAGGAGCUGAGAACGGAGCAAGAGCAGAUCAAACGCGAACUGGACCUGAGUGGCCAGUCACUGAAGGCGGUCGAGACUGAGAAGAAACAGCUGCACUGUCUGACUGAGUCACUGCAGAGCACUCUGGAGGACCUGUCCCAGGAGAAACAGAGGACCCUGGCCCUGCUGAAGAAGAACGAUCAGCAGCCUCAGCCCCGGCAGCAGCCGACCAAUCAGAGCUGCACAGGCGGGAAUCUCCACGGCAACCUGAGGCAAAUCGAGGAGAAGAUGCAGAAAUUGCAAGAGGAAAAGGUCCAGGCCGAGGAGAGGCUGAAGCACAAAGAGGAGCGAGCCCACGCGCUGCAGGUGGAGCGUGAGUUUUAUUCCUCGCAGUCCAAGGCAUUGCAGGUCUCCCUCCAUGAGCUGACAGCCGAGAAGCAGCAGACUGAGGCUGAGCUCAAGACAGAGAUGAAGGCUCGCGUGGAGCUGGAGCGCAGGCUGAAGCUGGCGGAGGAGGCCCUGAGGAGUCUGGAGCAGGGGCUGAACUCACUGGAGCGGUCCCGGGAGAGAGAGGAGCGCAUGAAGGGGGACGUCAGCCAUCUCAAGAGGUUCUUUGAGGAGUGCAUCAGAAAUGCUGAGAUCGAUGCCAAGCUGCCAGUCAUCAUGAAGAACUCGGUGUACAUCCACAAGGCUACAGCCCGCCGGAUAAAGAGCUGCAGGAUCCAACGCAAAGCAUCCGGGAACUGGGGACUCAUGAGACACUCGCAGUCCUUCAUUGUGUCCCCGAGCGAUGAGGACAGUCUGGAGGAGCUGAGGGACACGGCGAGGAGGCUGACAAGAGACCGCUUCUUCAGGGAAAGUGUGUACCAAAUCAUGAGCCGCAAGGACUCCACACAGGGGGAGGAGCAGGCCUGAGAAGAGCCACCGCCUUCCAACCAGGACACUCACUCACACGUCACAAUAACAGUGCUUUCACACCAGGCUUCAGCACGGGAGUGACAGAAUGCUUGGACUCACUACAGAAGGUUUACAAACGAGAGGAGGCCGUUCAGCCCAUCAGCACUGGUCCGGUUCCCUGUUUAAUCUCACACUAGAGCGAAAUCAAGGAGUGAGUUCAUCUCACUACUGAAAUAACUAACCCUAACCUUUUCCCAAAUGAAUUGCUUUAAAGUAUAAUUCCUUAAUUUCAUUUCUAGUAUUUGUACUCACGUUUAGAUCCAAUGGCGUUUAAUACACUGUGAAAUACAGUACCAAGUGAUCUGUGAGCUAAUUCUUUUUUUGGUUUCAGUGGAACCUAAAAUUAUUCAGACUGUUUUUUUUAAACGAUAGCUAUAGAAAACUAUAUCCAUUACAAAAUGGGAAACUGUCUGAAUAACUUAGGUGCCUCUGCAUAUCUCCAAAUCUAUGUAUGGAGCGACAAUCUGCCAUUAAGGUGCAAUAUUAUAUUACAUGCAAUACAAUAAUAUAUUCAUACAGUAUGUGUUUGUUCAUAACAGUCUACUACUGGUGUAUCAUUUCAAUAUGUAGCAUCUCAUAAGCCUGUUCACUGGACCUCUGUUUAACCCUCUGUGCAAUCUGCUAUAUCAGAACACAGACAUUGCUUAUACUAAACCCCUCAGCCUUACACCGACUGGAAUUAAAUUCAAAUAUUGCAAAUAUUGCAUUGCUUUUAUUUCUGACCUCAUUUUAGUGAGUAAUGUUUUAGUUUAUGGAUCAAUUUAUUAAACAUAUAUAAAUAUGUUUUAAAGGACAUUAUUAACAAGGAAGUGAAUACAAUUGAAGUGAUAACUGUGUACAGGGUGCAUAGAGUGUACAAGGAGUCUUCAAAGUGGAUACAAUCCAAGACAGAGUCCAAGAUUUUACACAAGCGAAGUAAACUUUGUGUCCUUUAGUUAGAGCUAUUAUCAGAGUUUUGAUCUUUCUUGCAGUCCUUGAUUUAUAUAAAAUAGUUAGGAAUUGCUUGUGCUCUGAGACUGCUGUCAGUAUGCUGUCAAUGGGAUUGUCAGUGGGACCCUGUGUGACAUUAGUUUAUCUAAACUGUACUGUGUUCUGUUAUCGCAGAUAAAUAUAUAUUUAACAGUUGAAUGAAAACAUAGCCCUGUCUAAUGGACUUAAAGGAGUCAUAGCAAAAUGUUUUAAAAUCUCUUUUUUUUGCCUCUUAUCAUCCGCAACAUCAUCACGGGCCCCCUUUCUUUGUGAUCUUUUGUGUCCUGCUACCUACAGUCAUUGUAUGUAUAUAUUGCAAGACAGCAGUAUAGAUUCAAAUUGAAUCUGCUUAUUCCUGAUACCUAACAACUUCCUAUGCUUUAGGUCACAAUUAGACAAUGAAUCUGACCUACAGAACAGGAAGUGAUUACCAGGAAGCAAGAGCAACUUUUAAGCUAAUGUGUGUGUGUAUAUUUUGUUAAAGAAACCCAUAUGUGCAUUAAAGUAAACUACAGAAGCAAUAAUAUUGCUGGUGUUAAUAAGAAGAUGGCUUUUAAAGCAUGAAUGGUGCAGGACACCAGGAGGGAGCUCCCUGCUUUGGAAGUCAGUAGGUUGAUUGACGAGAACCUGUUCCUCUGUGUGAAAUAUUUACUCUGCAGUAGACAAUCCCCUCAGCUUCUUUUCUUUGGCCAUUGUACCCUGUUAUUCGCUACCUAUUUGUACAGCAUUCUGUAUAUAAACCAUAUAUAUGUACAGCUUUCCUUGUUUAUAUGCACAAUGUAUAACUCUGGCUCUCAAUAUACUGUUGUACCUUCAAA